GACACAGCUGAUCACCGAUCAAUGGAAAGAGCGGAAGAUGUCGGCUUGGUCAUGUGAUCAGCUGUGUCCAAUCACAGCUGAUCGCAUAAGUGCCACCUGUCAGUGCCCAUCAAUGUCAGCUGUCAGUGCUCAUCAAUGCCACGUGCCAGUGCCCAUCAGUGCCUCAUCAAUGCCACAUAUUAGUGCCUACCAGUGCACAUCAAUUUCACAUAUCAGUGCCCAUCUGAGCUGCCUUUCAGUGUCACCUAUCAGUGCCAGUCAGUGCCACCUAUCAAUGCCAGUCAGUGCCACCUAUCAGUGCCAGCCAGUGUCACCUAUCAGUGCCAGUCAGUGCCACCUAUCAGUGUGCUUCAGUGCCGCCUAAGAGUACCAGUCAGUGCCACCUAACAAUGCCAGUCAGUGCC